CGUAGGAAGCACUUUUGUCUAAGUACAACUACCAUGUUUCAUUAUAUUACAUUGUUUUUAGCAAUUCUCUUCAUCAUAUUUUACAAUAUAUCGAGAAGCAAAAAAAAUGUAACUCUACCAAAUUGGCCAAUAAUUGGCAUGCUACCAUCAGUUUUGCAUAACCUAUCCAAGAUUCAUGAUUAUGCAACCUUAGUUUUGAAACAUCAUGGAGGUACUUUUCAGUUUAAAGGACCUUGGUUCACAAAUCUUGCCACAGUUAUCUUCACCAGUGAUCCCAUGAAUGUGCACCACAUCAUCAGCAAGAAUUUCAGUAACUAUGGGAAAGGAUCUGACUUCCAUGAGAUUUUUGAAGUUCUCGGUCUUGGUAUUUUCAAUUUGGAUUCCAAUGAAUGGAAACAAGAAAGGGCACUAUUUCAUUCAUUGCUCAAAAACAAAAACAUUGAGAUAUUCUAUCAACAAAACAUUCAAAAGAAGCUAGAGAAUUGUUUGUUACCAUUUCUUGAUCAUGCAUCCAAAGAAGUAAAAGGUCUUGAUUUACAAGAUGUUAUUGAGAGGUUUACCUUUGAUAUUACUUGCAUUUUUUUAUUUGGAUUCGAUCCUAAUUCCCUUCCUUACAAGUACAACGAGUUAUCGGAUAUUGCUUAUGUAAAAGCUGUUAGUGUCCUUGAGGAUUUGCUAUUGUAUAGACACUAUAUGCCAAAAUGUAUUUGGAAGCUGCAAAAGUGGCUACACAUUGGUCAAGAGAAGAAGGGCACGGUAGCUAAAGAAAAUCUUCACGAAUUCUUGAACAAAUGUAUAUCUUAUUACAAAGGUGAUGAAGAGAAAAGAAUACUCGAAAGAAAUGAAGACGCGGAUGAAUCUCAUUAUUGCCUGGUAAAAGAACUAAUGAAGGAAAGAUUGGGAAAGGGCGAAACGAAUGAGAUGUAUAUUAGAGACACUGCUCUCAAUCUCUUGGCUGCAGGUAAUGGAACAAUUAGUUCGGGUCUCAAUUGGUUCUUUUGGCUCGUAUCAACUCAUCCUAUUGUCGAAGCAAAAAUUAUUCAAGAGAUCAAGGUUAACUGUUUAACAAAAGAGGAUAAUUUGAUCACAAAUUUUAGUGUGAAAGAGCUUGAUAAGCUAGUUUAUCUUCAUGGAGCUAUAUGUGAAGCCUUAAGGCUUUAUCCACCUGUACCAUUUGAACACAAGUGUGCAGUUAAUUCCGAUAUACUACCUAGUGGAGACCAUGUUAGUCUAAAUACAAAGUUAAUAUACUCUUUGUAUGCAAUGGGAAGGAUGGAACAAAUAUGGGGUGAUGAUUGCCUAGAAUUUCGGCCUGAGAGAUGGAUAUCGGAUAGAGGACAAAUUAUACAUGUACCAUCGUACAAGUUCAUAGCGUUUAAUGCAGGUCCGAGAAGCUGUCUCGGAAAAGAUAUUACUUUCCUUCAAAUGAAAAUGGUUGCAGCUGCUGUAUUAUGGAAGUUUCGCAUACAGGUCGUGGAAGGUCACAUUGUUACUCCAAAGGUUUCUGUGAUUCUUCGUAUUGAAGGCUUUACGGUCAAUCUUAGUAAGAGGUGCACUUGAUAUAUCAUAUAAGCAUUAUAAGUUCUUUGAAGUUCUAAUAAGUGUGAAGCAUGUUGUGUGAUCUCUUUUAAUGUUGCUAUGUCUGUUUUUGUUAAAUAAGUGAAAAAAGAUUAUACUACUUUCUUGUUGUAUGUCUUGUGGUUACACAAAUGGAUAUUAUAAAACUAAGUUUUUUUUUUUU